CAAGGUGUUUGUCUUAUUGUUUGCAUGAGUGAAAAGUGUAUAUGGGGUGGGGAACCUUAAUGAAAAUGUGUACUCAAUUUAGGACAAGUGUGCUUGCAAGUUUUUACAAGUGGAGGAAGCCAGCUGCAAACCUAAUCUAUGGUUUGUUGAAUUGAGGCUUUAGUGGGUUUGGGUGGAGAUGGGUCCACAUGCUCUAGAUUUUGCUAUUGGGUAGAGUAUAUACGUAUAUAGUAGCUUUACAUUAUUCACGUGUUCUACUUUGACUACAUUUUAUUUAUUGACUUAUUGAUAUAUAUUUUUGAAAAAAAAUAUUAUUAAAUUUGUCUCAUUGUAAAUUUUCAAAAUCUGAAAUUUUAAUUUUUUUUACUAAUAGAGAAUUAUAUAUAUUAAUGGUCAAAAUUGCACCUCGACAAAUGUGAAAUAUUGACCGUUGCACUUAUUUAAAAACGGAGGAAGUACAAAGAAAUGACAGGGCAUAGCUGACGUGGCACUGAUGUGGCGGAAAGUGAUCUGGCAGUUGUCUAGCAGUAUUCUCCAUAGAAGCAUCCAUCGGUGAGGGAAGAAGAAAUGUCGGCGUAGAAUGAAGUGAGAGCGAAUUAAGUGAAGGUGUUUUAGGUUUGUUUUAAGUAUGUAUAUAUACUUAAAGAAGAAUCAGGAAAAGAUGUUGGCGUCAAGCUAGAGUGGCGGGAGCGAGACUUUCCGUCAUCUAGUGAGGGGUUUUCAUCGACCGGGAAGCUGGCAGUGAGCGUCACCGCUGAAGUCCGGUCGGCUGAAGUCCGUCGAUUCCUGAAGGUCGGCUUGCUAUUGUUAACAAAGCAGCGGCGUGUUCAGUAAAUAAUCUACGAAGUCGAUCUUUCGUGAGACAAUUGGGAUUGAGCUUUGUGGGAUUUCGAAAAGAGUGACUGCAGGGUAUGCAUAGGAUUGCGGGUUGUUAACGUCUGGGGGAUGCGGAGCAAUGCUUUUUUUGAUCUCACAAAAAAGCUCACAUCUGGUCCCUUGCGGAAAGCCUGGAAUAGUUCGCCAAUGGUAGGGAGUUUCUCGAACAAAGUGAGAGGGAUAACCAAUAUAUAUGUCCAGCUUAGAAGAAGAUUAGUCACUCCACACAGCCUGCCUCUAUUAGUCUUUGGCAUAUCGAGGUCAAUCUAUACAUUAGUGUCAAUCUAGGAUCCAAAGGAACAUGAAAUGUUUUAGAAUUUUAGCAUGUGAAACCAUCUAAACAGAGAUCAAAGUGGUGAAAGUGUGGCUUCACAUAAUAGAAAGUAUCAUAUUACUCCAUUCUUUAGUCUCUUUACCACGAGUUUCAUUAAGGCAUAUACCCUCAUGAGGGUAAGAAAGGCAAGCUACGGUAUCACGCUUCCUCCGGUGGCUAUGGUAUCACGCUUCCUCCGGUGGCUAGCUAGAUUGGGGGGAAAUUCCAGGCAACUGUUCAAGGUCUUUGUUCUGUCAGCAUGAAAGUUUCCAGUGGUAUGUCUUUCACAUUUAAAAUUCCUUAAUUCCCAUUGUAAGGGUUUAGCAUGCUUAAAAUCUAAAUAUAUGCAGCAAAAAGUCGUAUUCCAUUUUGCUUAAAUAUUAUAAUGGUGUUUGUGUUGGUUUUGUAUAGGUUAGACCCAUUCCGAGAACUAUAACUUAAAUUCUUUUCUAUAUUAUUUUAUUCCUGUGAUAUUAAUUACUGGUUUUUUUAAAUAUUUGUAUCAUAUUUGUUUUUGCUAGAAAGCUAGCUGCUAAUCUUUAUCCUAUUGUAGGAGGAGCAAGUAUAGUUGCAAAGGUUUGUUAAAUUCUUAUACAUAGUAUUUUUUGGGAAACUUAUGACCAAUGUUAUUAUUUACAUACUUGCAAAGGUUGAUCUUUUUUUACAUUUGCAGAUACGUUAAUGGCUUACUUGAUUUUUCUCAAGUAUUGAGUAUUUACCAGGGGAGGCUCAGAAACACUCACACACACACACACACAUAUUCAGGAAUGAUAUUUACCUAUAGGCUAUCGUAUGAAGUAUGCAAGAGAAGUAUAUACAAUUUGGAUUUUCAACUCCUUUUCUAUCACUUAAAUCCAAUAUAUACUCCUCAUUGGUUGUGGUUAAAGCUCCAGUAAUAUUUGUGAGUGAAGCGAGCUACCGCUCAACUUCCUUAAGCCUAUUUUCUCCAAGAAAGACAGUGCCAAUGCGUUUACUCACGUUAGUAAUUCACGCCAUCCAAAGCAUCCCUAAGGACCUGCUUGGGAAGUGGAUACAAUAUGGGAUUCACGUCCAAUGUGCAUACAUUUGCUCAUGUCAUUGCUCGACCAGCUGAAAUGGACAGCGUCAUCUGCAACCCGCUGUUCACAUCGCCAACUAUGGCUCUACCCGAAUCUCAGGAGGGCACUAAAGGCAACACACGAUAUGGAUUCCAAGAGAUCCCUUUCUUCAAAGCUUCUAUGGAACUAAUGGCCAUCCCCGAAAAGAAGGUUUCUCGUUAUAAGAGAGGCAUACAAAAUGGACCAAAGGAGCUAAAACCUCAACUAGUUAUAAUCUGUUGUGGCGGGAUUAGGCAAGACCCGAAGCAGUAAAGAAUAUCAUGUUCUAGAAUGAUAAUGAUGAAGCUAUUAUGAUAAUAACUAUAAUGAUAUUAUUGUUAUUAUUAUUACUAUUAUUAUAAUUAUUAUUGCUAUUUUCUUAUAAAUUGUUUGGGCUUAUGAAUUCUA